CAUCAGCAGGAUGAAUUGCACUCCUGGAUACAGUACGACACUCGCGGCAGCGUUGGGCCAAGAUAUCAACUCUCCGUGAACGGCCAGAAUGCCUCCAAACUGGCCUCAUACAUGGAAGAGCACGGCGAAUGGGCCUUCCGCAUCGACGACCAAGCAAUCAUCCCUCUCCAUCUUAUGGACGAGAAAGAGCAACACUACCAGCGAUGGUUCGAGAAACGAUAUCCCGAGACCAAACAAAUCAGUCGCAAUCGCGACUACAUCAACGAAACCUGGCUCAGCAGUCCUCUUGUCGACAAAGUGCCUGUCGACGACAUGUUCCAUUUCUCACACUGCGUUUUGGCGGUGAAGAGAUAUGUCAAGGCCAAGAUGACGGGACAACACGUUUGUGGGAGGGAUAUAGACCAGGAGCAUAUCCAACACUGCCUUGAUGCGCUGGAUUGGUGGGCUUUUCCAGAGCCGGGAGGGAAGCGGGGAGACUUGGUUCCGAAUCCUUUACAUGAUCUAUCCUGGAGAACGAAGAUAUGCUUUGAUUGAUAAUCUCAUCCUCUCUGAGCGUAUUAAUCUUCUUGAAUCAGUUUGAUAUUUCUCGUGCAUGUAUGCGCUGUGUAUGGA